AUGGGUUAGGUAAUUGACAGUGACAAGGCAUAUCAUGGGGGGCGACGACCCUUGCUUGGGGUCCGUGGGGCGGAGUUACCCCGGCCCGACUCGUGUGCCUAUUUAUAUAGAGGUAACUGGUUAGGUAAUUGACAGUGACAAGGACGAUGAUGUUUCUUUCCAGGAUACCGAGUACCUGAAGAACGGGAAGGAGCAAUAGAAGGAGCAACAGGAGCCGAUGCCUGGGCAGUAUGACAAUAAUAGUCGGAGAGGUGGGCUGGGGGGCAUCGGUUUCGGACAGGAGGCAGGGGUGGGGAGGUCGGGGAGGACGACAAACUGACCUCGCUUUCUAUGGAACUAUCGCUGGAAUCCCCGCUGCGUGGGGACUCACUGCCGGAAGAGGAAACAGUGGGUUGGGGGUGGCUGGCGGCAGUUUCGGCAGCAGGAAGUGGAGUGGGGAAGUCGGCAUGCACAGAGAACGGAAACCAGCGACAAGCCUGAAAAUCUCCUCCUAUAAAUUGAGACCAUUGGCAUUCAUUUCACAAUACACCUCCACCGGGCUUUCAUAGCCCGGUUUAAUAUUUCUAGCUCCAAAUUUCUAGUUCUUUUUAGUAUAGUUUUGUUUCGGUUGUCCCAAAGCGGCUCCGACUCUGCUCUCAGUUGUAACUUUUAUUAGUUACAAUUUUAAUAAAGAAAUAUUUGCACUAAAUAGCACAAAAACUUAAGUCAUUUCCCUAAAUAGCACUUAAACUGUUUUAUUCCCUAAAUAACACUUAAUAAUGUCCAUAAUGUCUAGUGAUGGCGAAUAUUUUCUUGAAUAAUGACUAAUGCAUAAUGACUAAAAGUGCUACAUUGGGAAGAAAAACACAUGUGGUGUUAUUUAGGGAAAGUCAUUAUGUUUUAGUGUUAUUAAGUAAAUUCCUCUUUAAUAAAAUGUUCUUUUAUUC